CAUCCGCUAUUGGUUGUAUUUGUUAUGUUCUUUACACUGUAGGUCCAAUUCUUCAACAAAGCGCCAAAAUUCAACCGCGCUCAGACGCUUCCGGUAGGUUUUGACAUUACAGACGCACAAGACUUCAAAAAGUGAGUGAUUAAAAUGUCUCGUACUCCAAAAAGAGCUUGUUCCAGUUCUCUAAACGACAGUCUGGAGAAGAGAUUAAAACGGAUUUCUGUUGAGGGAAACAUCGCGGCGGGAAAGUCCACGUUCGUGCGCCUGCUGGAGCAGCAUGAUAAAGAGUGGGAGGUGGUGCCCGAGCCCAUCGCCAGGUGGUGCAACGUACAAACUCAGCAUGACGAAUUUGAGGAGCUGACCACAUCUCAGAAGAGUGGGGGGAACGUGUUGCAGAUGAUGUAUGAGAAGCCGGAACGCUGGGCUUACACAUUCCAGAGUUAUGCAUGCAUGAGCCGUGUGCGCGCCCAAAUCAACUCGGCCAGUGGCAAACUGCGCCACGCUGAGAACCCUGUGCAGUUCUUCGAGAGAUCUGUCUACAGUGACAGGUACAUCUUUGCAGCGAAUUUGUAUGAGAGUGAGUGUUUAAAUGAGACUGAGUGGGCCAUUUAUCAGGACUGGCACACUUGGCUGCAUAAAAAAUUCGGCCAGCACAUUGAGCUGGAUGGCAUCAUUUACCUGCGGGCCAAACCAGAGAGGUGUUUGGAGAGGUUGCAUUUGAGAGGCAGAGAGGAGGAGCAAGGGAUUCCGCUGGAGUAUCUAGAGAAACUCCAUUACAAACACGAGUGCUGGCUGCAGCACAGGACCCUGAGAAUGGACUUUGACUAUCUUUGUGAGGUUCCUGUUCUCACCCUGGACGUCAACGAUGACUUUAAAGGCGAUAAAUCCAAAUGCGUUGAUAUGAUCGAAAAGGUGAAAGACUUUCUCAGCACUCUAUGAACUGGAAGUAUUUUUUAUUUUGUGUGUGUGUGUGUGUGUGUGUGUGUGUGAGAGAGAGAGAGAGAGAGAGAGAGCAAUGUGAUGGACUGUGGAAGAAAUGUUCUGAAAUGUUUUUCAUGUCUAUAAUUUUUAAAUAAAACUAUUUAAAUGAAAA